AUUGUUCAAACAUUACUUCCCGGUUCAAGCCGUUUAUAAUGGAGAAAAUGUGGAUUAUACUUUUCGUCGUUAUAAACAUUAAUAGCGUUUAUACUAAUACAGUUCACGAGUUCAUUGGUUCUACAGCUACUUUUAAAUGUCCGUAUAUUCAAGAAGGUAGCAGCAAAGUUGUGUGGAAAGGACCUUAUAAUGGUCAGACAGUCUAUUCACAUUCAAAUCAUCGGAAUACUUAUUUACCUAGUGACUUGUAUAAUCGUUUAUUCAUCAUAAGUAACAGCAGUAUUGGCAGAUUUGAUUUGAAAAUUGUUAAUUUACAAUACAGUGAUGAAGGAGAAUACAACUGUUCAGUACUUAACAAUGGAACGACGAACACACACUCGUUUAACUUAUCAUUACCUGCAUUACUUGAAUCAUCGUCGCUGUCUUAUUAUAGGUACUUAAAACUUGAUCCCAGUGCCAAGAAACUUAUUGUAGGUCAUAUGAAUUAUAUCAGUAUUGUAGACAUUUUAGAUAUUCCUCGAUUUCCAGUAAAAUCGACUUCUAUAGAGUUUCCAUCUGAUGCGGAUAAGCUUAAUUACUGCACCUUAUCGAAGGAAAAGAUACCAUAUUGCCAAAAUCACAUAAGAGUCCUUGAGUUUAGAACUGACGACAUAGUCAUAUUGUGCGGAACCAAUGCUGACUCACCAACUGGUUUUGAACUGAACAUCACAGAUAAUUCACAUAUUAGCUUAGGUCCUGUUCCAUGUGCAAAUGAUCCAUUUGAUAAUUUUACGACUACAUAUAUUAGAGAUCCUAAUCAGUAUGGCAAAGGAAUUAUGUAUUAUGGUGCCACGUUACAUACUGAAGCGACAAUAUCUAGACCAAUCUAUAAUAGUGGCGGGACGGUCAGUGAGUACCAAAAAGGUGUCAUCAGCUCUAACUGGAUGAAAGAUCCCCAAUUUGUCGGGUCUUUCUCCUUAAAAGAAUCAGUACUUUUCUUUUUCCGCGAAACGGCUACUGAAGUUGAUCCUUCUGAACACAAUAACAAAGUUUACUCGAGAGUUGCAAAGGUUUGUAAGUCUGAUAUUGGAGGAAAUUCAAUUUUAAGGAAUAAAUGGACAAGUUAUCAAAAAGCCAGACUCCAGUGUUUCACUGAAGGAAAUUCGCCAGUUUAUUUUGAUGACAUACAGGACAUUGUUGAAAAAGAUGGCGUUAUCUAUGGCCUGUUCACGACAAGAAUCAAGUCACCAGUCUCCGUUAUUUGUGCCUUUAACACCCUUGACAUUGAAGCUAUAUUUAAUGGGCCAUUUAAGACCCAGGUUACACCAAAUUCAUUUUGGACAGAGGCCAAAAAUAUACCACAACCAAGACCUGGUAGGUGUAUAAAUGAUUCUAUGGCUCAAAGUGAAGAUGUUCUUAACUUCAUUGCCAACCAUCCGCUAAUGUACGAAUCUGUUAAGCCUUUGUAUGGGAAGCCAAUCUUUGUCUUGUAUGAUCAUCUACAGAAAUUAGAACUACACAGAAAUAUGACGGAGAUUGUGUUUUAUGCAGGCUCAAGUAAUGGAAAGGUUUAUAAAUUAUUUUCGACAAACGAAAACACUUACGUGUCAAAUAUGUACUCACCGUUAGCAAAGAAUGAAGCCAUCUGGUCUUUAGUCAAUUUUGGAGACUUUCUACUAAUUGGAACAGACUAUUCAGUGCGACAAAUAAAUGUGAUAAACUGUGAACAGUACAUAAAGAUUGAUAACUGUAUAAAAGAUCCCCAUUGUGCCUGGAUGGGCACCGUAUGUCGUUCCAAAAAUUAUGUAUCUUUAAAUCCUGACAUCAAUGGUGUACCUAUAUAUACUUAUGACAACUUUAGUUUGACAGAUCGCAUCCCAUAUAUGUAUCUUCCUGAAAUUCCAAAAUGGUUACGUGUUAUCAAUACGUUUGAAACGAAACUUUUGAUUGAAUGGAUGUUUAGAUUCAGCGGAGACAAUUCACAGAUCUUUGUACUAGAAUUCAGAAAGUAUGAUGAAAUACAAUGGGCAAGUGUUCCAGUAAAUGAAACAGAUAUGCAAAGUGAUUUACAAAGUUUCGAACUGACUGGGCUAAAUAAGAGUCAAAUAUAUAACAUACGAAUGUGCACAGAGAACUCGUUUGGAAGAAGUCAACCCACAAAAAUACUUACUGUAUCAACAGGUUAUUUCAAUGACGAUAUAGUUGAAGGUCUUCCAGAUAGACCUUCAUGGUUACGUGUCACAAAAGUGUGGAAGACAAAGUUACAAAUUGAAUGGAAGCCUGGAAUACACGACGGAACCUAUCAAGUAUUUGUUUUGAAAUAUGCAACGAAUGUAGAAAUCCAAUGGACAUCAGUAAAAAUAAACCAACUGAACAUGUCGACCAAUCCACAAAAUAUUACACUAACAGGUCUGACUGAAUGUCAAAUAUAUACAUUGCACAUGUAUGCAGAAAAUGAUGUCGGCAAAAGUAAACCUACAGAAAAUAUCACUGCUUCAACAGAUUGUUCAGGUCCACCAGUAAAACUACAAAAUGUAAGAGUUAUACAAAUAUCCAAAACAAAGUGUUUGAUUGCAUGGAUCCAAGAAUUUAGAACUGAACAAAAUUUAACGUUCAUAUUGAAAUUCGUGAGGAAUGAUCACCCCGAGUGGCAAUUACUUAAAAUAAACCAAACUGAUACGAACAAUGAAAUACAAACUUUUGAACUGACAAAUCUGAAUGAAUGUGAGAAAUAUACGAUACAAAUGUCUGCAGAAAACUACAAAGGCGAAGGUCCACCUACAGAAAAUAUCACUGUCACAACAGACUGUUCACACACAGGUGCUAGUGAAGAUACCAACCAAUACGUAUUCUUUCUGAUUGCAAGUUUUAUAAUCUUGAUGGUAGUAAUACUAGUAUUAGUAGUAUACAACAAGAGAAAAUAUAUACACAGGAAGAUACAAAGAUAUGAUAUUAAGAAAACAUCCAGUUGUUCUUUGACCAUCAACGAAUGCAGUGAUGCAAACAGUGAAGACAGAGAAGAAGACAAAAUACGCUUCGACAAUGAGACACAAGAGAUGAAUACAAAAAGCAGUUGUUCUGAGGAAAAUAAGGAAAUUGUUGAACAAAACAGUGAACACAGAAGAACAUGUGAUGAACAGGGGACAAAAAGUAUCGACCAAACAACCAACAACCAUGACAAUGUGGCAUAUGAGGAUGAUAAAAAUAAAAUAUGAAAAAAAACUCAAAAUUAAUAUGCGAUAUUGAAGACUCUCAAGCUUAUAUUUUUCAUCUUUGAAAUCAGAUAACUACCACUAUGUCGAUAUAUUUGCUGGUGAACUGAAAGUAGCUAGGUACUUCGGUUUAAAAAAUACGAAUACCGUGUAUCGGGUAUUUUUCGUGUGUGUCUAAUUUUUGCUUGUUCGCGGCAGUUAUAGAAAAGGCGAAAAUUUGACCCCGCGUAAAUUUCACUGCAUAUUCACAGAUUUAUUAUUAUUUGAAAGUUUCAUUCAUUAUACUGUUGAUUAUCGAGUCUUUUGUGUUGUUCGGUAGAUCACAAUAAAGAGUAUACUUAAUUAAGAUCUCUGUUUAUACAGGGACAGUCUAUACUAACGGGACUCGUCUCUAUUGAUUUUAGUUAAAUAACUACGCCUCCCGUGUAAAGCAACCACCCAACAAUAAAAUUAGUUUCGUAUCUCUGAUAUACGAAGCUAGUAGAUAUUUUCGUAUUAUAAUUUAGUUUUUUUUUUAAAUCAUUCAAAUCUGAUUAAUAUAUAACCAUUUACCAUGACAAAAAAUAUAAGAUUUUAAAAGAAUGUUAAAUUAAUAAAAUUGAGAAAUCUCGUUUUGAAGAACACUCCAGCCGUGCAAAAGGGGGUACACAUUGAACAAGAUGGCGGCAACUCUAAUUUUACUAACAAAAUACCUGAAAGUUCAAAGGGCUAUAUUUUAAAAACUAUCAAAGAAAUCUUUUCAAAAACAUCAUUUUGCAAUGACAAAAUGUAUAAAAUUUUAUAAAAAUGUUAUUUCAUUAAACUUGAUCACAUUGUUGUGAAGAAUACUUCGAAAAAGUGAAAUGAUUUGCUAUGAAGUCACGUGACAUCAGCCACGGCACAUUUAUGUCUGCAUAUGUGUAUAGACAUGGUUAUAAGUGACCAGUCCCGUUAGUAUAGACUGUCCCUGGUUUAUAUAAUAAUUAAAAUGACUAAUCAUAUAUGGUACACCUUUUGACAACACAGCAAUCAGUGAAAGAUUAAAAGAUGUGAAUUAGCGACGAUCUAUUUAUUGGUGUCAUAACACGAACAUUUUGAAUCUGUUGUAAAAUUAAAAUAAAAAUAAAUCACAUUUACACGGAUAUUUGUUUACCUGUAAUGAUCAAUAGCUUCAAUUUUUUAGCACGCCCCAUGGUCUGUACCUAUUCUAUGUUCGAUGAAAGUUCACUGAAUUAUGUGUGUUUUUGUUUGUAGUACCCAUAUGUAUUUGCAAUAGAUUACCUGUCAGUCAAUCAAGUUUAUGUUGUUUACAUUUUUAAUAAUACGAUACAGUUAUUUUUUCGCGUGUUUUUUCCCAUUCAGCUAAAAUUAUACACAGUGAAAAUUUAACCUGCCCAUUUUGUCAUUAAAUCACGAAAAAAGCCGACGCGAAAAAAAUCCGAUAUACGGUAUUGUGUUAUUGAAAUAUGCUGAAUCGAAGAUACGAGAAUUAUAAUUGUGUACACUCGUUUCGUCUACAAAUGACUCACUAUUGACGGUCGAAUCAAAAGAGUUGGAAGCCCAAAUCAAACACGAAGUUGAAAAGCAUUAAAAUAUUCCAUACAAAUGUGGCAAAUAAUGCUAGGGCAAUCUUUACCUGGGGGUAGAACAAUCUUAGUGUUUUGAAUAAUGCAACAUUUUAUAAACAGUAAAUAUACAGAAAAAUUAACAUAUCAAUGACAUUUCAUGUCAAAACAAAUGUGCUGACUACUGGUCUGGUGAUACCCUCGGGGACGAAAUAUCAACCAGCAGUGGCAUCGACCCCAGUGGUGGUAAAAACGCAUUAAGAUGCCAAACUUUGAACAAUUAUACUGAUAAAACUUAGAAAAUCAUUUCAAAUUAAGAAAUGUAUCGCUCUUAACAAAUUGUAUAUAUAAAGGCAAUAGUAUACCGGUGUUCAAAAGUCAUAAAUCGAUUGAGAGAAAACAAAUCCGGAUUACAAACUAAAACCGAUGGAAACACAUCAACUAUAAGAUGAAAACAAAUGAACAACAGGAACACUGAAGUGCAACAAAAACAAACGCCAACAUACAUAGAAACGAACUAUUUGAUAACAACUGCCACAUUCCUGACUUGGUAUGUCUGCAAUGACCUAAUGGUAUCAGUACAAAUGUGUUAUACAUUUGUCCGGGUAAUUUAUCAAUGCUCUUCAACUUUGUACUUGUUUGGCUUUAUAACUAUUUUGAUAUGAGCGUCACUGGUGAGUCUUAAGUAGACGAAACGCGCGUCUGGCGUAUUAAAUUAUAAUCCUGGUACCUUUGAUAACUAUUAUGUCAGUUGCUAGACAUUAUGCAUAUCAUGACCUACUAAAACUACGGAAAUUAUAAAAAAUUUAUCGUUGGCAUUCAAAAAAGAUUUAAGUAAUUAUGUUUCUUAUGAAAAGUACUGUAAAGAUUGUCUAAGUCUUUUCUGUCUGAAGAUUUAAGGUAUCAACGUGA